AUUGACGUUGGUUCUUUGAAACCGGGCUCGACCCUUGAUCGCUGUGUGGUGCCUUACCGUGAUCGACUGUGAGCACUGGAUCAAAAAAUUAUUCUGUUGAUGUUUGGAAAUUAAUCCCACAGAUGUGCGUAUGUAAAUAACCGUGCUCAGACGCCGCUAUAUUUCAACAUUGUGUUUGAAGUGGUCACGUGUUGCAAGCAACUCCUUUUCCGGUUUAAUUCUAGGAAAGCCUUUAAUGGCUUCACAGUAGUCAGAGCAUAAAUAAGACUUGCAAAAGGAAAGCUAAAGUAGAAGAAAAACUAUGGCAUUUGCAUCUACUAGAGGCUUUGGCAGUAACAGUAGAGGGCAGAGCAGAAGAGGAGGACAGAGACGUGAUGGAAACCAGCGAAACAGAAUAGGAAGUGGUCGGUUUGCAGGGACUGAUGAACGCAGAAAUAACGACGAGAGAGCAGGUGGUAGGGCUGGUUGGAAUGGUCAAAACGCUGAGCUGCAAGGAGCCAGGAAAGAUGUUGGUAAAUCUCCAAGAAAUCCAGCUGCGAAUGAAAAGAGCAGCGCAAAAUCUCACAAACCAUCGCCUCUUCAUCUUCAAAAGUUGAAGCGAAUGUUGACUGCGGAUCCAACGGAUGUCGUCUUAGAUUUGCUUAAACAUGAAGAACAACUUCAGAAUGUUCUGGAAGACCCGCGUAUCAGGGAUGAUUUCGUAGAACUGCUUCUUGAGAUCCUGGCAAAGGUGUAUGAGACGCAUAUGAAAGAAAAUUUGAUCAAAAUUAUGGCUCUUUUUCCUAACACAGUAUUUAUACGCAGUUCUCUUCCUCGCUACGUCAUGCAAUUACCAAUGAAAGGAAGACGAACGCCACAAAAACAUGUCAAAAAUAUCAUUCUGUUUUUUGAUCAAUUAUUACGAAGGUUUCCUGAUAAUUAUUCGGAGAUUCCCUUAGAUUCGCUUGUGGUAGCCACGAUGAGCCUUGGUUCAGAGAUGCAGUCUCAAGUCUCAACACAAGUACAGAAUCUGGUUAGUAUGAGGCAACGUAUUAUUGAAAAAAAAUCGAAGCCCCGUUCCAAAAUGAAAGAGCCCCAGCCUGAACCAAAACCCCCUGAUGACUUCCGAGAAAUUUCGGUGUAUCCGACCACAGACGAUCUUCAGGAAAACAAAGUUGUAUUUCUGAGAAAGAACAUCGUUGAAGGAAAAUAUGAAGAUGUAACGCACUAUCUUGACGUCCAGUUCCGACUUCUACGCGAAGAUUUUGUCGGACCGCUCCGUGACGGCGUGAACGAGAUAGCUGGAGGUGUUACUCGAGAUGAACGUAAUCAAAAUCUUCGUAUUUACAGAAAUAUUGAGAUAAUUGAUACCGUUUGCACGAACUCUGGCAUAGUUUACAGCAUAGGAUUCGACAUACGUCCAUUGCGUAGAGUGAACUGGGAGAACUCGAAAAGAUUGAUAUUUGGCACGUUUCUUUGUCUGUCAAAAGAUAACUUCAAGACGCUUGUUUUUGCCACCGUUACUGAACGCAAACCCGAGCAAUUGUUGAAUGGCGAGCUUCAGGUGCGCUUUCUUGGCGAACUUCCUGACAUUCACCGCGGUGAUCACUUUCAAAUGGUCGAGUCCCCAGGAUACUACGAAUCUUAUUGUCAUAAUUUGCAAGGAUUGCAAGAAUUGUCUGAUGAUAAAAUGCCCUUCGCCAGAUAUUUGGUGUAUUGCGAAACAGAUGUCCAUCCACCAAAAUAUCUGUCUAAAGACAAGCAUGAUGAUGAAGAUGAUGAUGAUAUGGUUGACAAUCCACACCUACCUUUAUCAGCAAGGUACGAUUUUGAAGAUAUAUUGAGUAGUAAACAGUGGCUUCCUCCAGUGAAUAUUCUAUCGCCAUCAGCUUGGCCAAAGGUGGAUGAUGUCGAAUUGAACCAAUCACAGCUCGAUGCUAUUCAAGCCGCGUUGACUAAAGAGUUUGUGGUCAUCCAAGGUCCGCCAGGGACUGGGAAAACGUACGUGGGAUUAAAAAUUGUUCAAGUUUUGUUAAACAAUCAGAAGCACUGGCGUUUAUCUGGAAUCGAACCACGAAACAUUGAUCGUAGAGAAAUGGGGUUCUAUGAAAGAUUUGCUUCCGAAACAGUCGGUUCCCCAAUGCUUGUCGUUUGUUACACAAAUCAUGCUUUGGAUCAAUUUCUCGAGGGUAUCCUCGACUUUGAUGAGGAAGGCAUCGUUCGGGUUGGCGGACGAAGUGACAGUGAACGUCUCAAAGAAUAUAAUCUGUGGAAUAAAGCGCGACGUACUGUUGCCUGGUACAAUAUACAAGAUCGGCUUAAGGAUUUGUCUAAUCAAAUACAAGAAGAGAAAAAUUGUCUCAAGAAGGCUAACUUUUUUAAUCUAAAGCUCGAAGAUUUGUUUCCAGUCAUCGGCGAGAGUGAAAUGAAUCAAUUGUUGCCUUAUGUUAAUGUUGCUGCGUUUAUUAACACUACUGUUCUUCAAGCGUGGCUCAAUAUGCAGCCCUUGCCUUUCUAUGCCCAUGUGAGUCUCGAGAAAGACGAGAUGAAUAGAUUAGAACAGGAGGGUGAUAGAUGGGACGUAGAGGGUGAUACAGUGGAAGAGGAUGAUGAUGAUGAUGAUGUUAGAUCAGAUAGUGAUGAUAGUGAAGAAUUGGGGGAGAAUGAUGUGGAUCAAGCAGGAUACGAAGGAGUAAGAGAGGAUGAAGGAGACAAAGAGGAAGCAACGGUGGAUGUUGAAAAAGAUGCAGAACGCUUACAAAAUGAGCGGAAGCUUGGGGACGACUUCGCGGCUAUACAACGGGAUGAAGAAGACGCAGGACAAGGAAUGACGCAGGAUCACUUCAAUUUUGUCAACCUCAGAAGAAGAAUUGCUGAACUCGAGGAAGAACAGAGAAAUCAAGAAAACUUCGCUCCACCAGAUAUCAGUUUGUGGCGUCUCGAUUUCAACACACGUCGACAAUUAUACCAACACUGGGUGAGACGCUACCAAGAAACUCAUUUGAGGGAAUUGGAAGAACUUUAUCAAGAAUACGAAGUAUCUUGUCACCAAAUGACGGAGAUAAAACAUGGACAAGAAGAGGACGCCUUACGCCGAGCAACUGUGAUUGGUAUGACCACAACUGGCGCAGCAAAAUAUAGAAAUGUCUUGCAAAAGAUUCGACCGAAAAUCAUUGUUGUUGAAGAAGCUGCUGAAGUUCUUGAAGCUCAUAUCGUCACCGCGUUAUCGCAAGGAGCUGAGCAUUUGAUUCUCAUCGGUGAUCACAAACAACUGAAACCAAAUCCAAGUGUUUACACCUUGGCAAAGAAAUAUAAUCUAGAAGUUUCUUUAUUUGAGAGGAUGGUACGAAAUGGGAUGAAAUGUCACACUUUGGACACCCAGCAUCGCAUGAGACCCGAGAUUGCUCGUCUGAUGAAGUUCAUUUAUGACGAUCUCAAGAAUCACGUCAGCGUUGAAAAUUUUGAAGACAUCUUAGGAAUUUCUAAGAACAUUUUCUUCAUCGAUCAUCAAAAGCCAGAGAAAAGCGACGAUGAGUUACGAAGUCACUCGAAUGAACACGAAGCGAAGUAUAUCGUGGCAUUAUGUGGGUACUUACUACGACAGGGUUACGACAGAACACGAAUUACAGUUCUGACAACAUACACUGGACAGUUGUUGCAACUAAAACGGCUAAUGCCCAAGGCGCAGUUUCAAGGAGUUCGGUUAUGCACUGUAGAUAACUUCCAAGGAGAAGAAAAUGAUAUUAUUUUGUUGUCUUUAGUUCGCAGUAACGAGGAGAGUAAGAUUGGAUUUCUUGGAAUCUCAAACCGCGUCUGUGUUGCCUUAUCAAGAGCACGUAUGGGAUUCUUCUGUAUUGGUAAUAUCUCAAUGAUGGCCGGAAAGAAUGAGCUUUGGCAGAAGAUUAAGAACGAGUUAGAACAACAACAAGCAAUCGGAUCUGCUCUACCAACCUACUGUCAGAAUCACAAGGACACAAAAGUCGAGAUGGUUACUGCACAAGAUUUUAAGAAAGCUCCAGAAGGCGGCUGUACCCUCCCGUGUGAUUUUCGCCUGGAUUGCGGGCAUAAAUGUGAGAUGGCGUGUCACCCGGUAGAUCGUGAUCACAAACAGUACGUGUGUAUCAAACCCUGUAACAAGGAAGUUUGUACCUUUAAACACCGCUGUACAAGAGAAUGCCACCAUGGAGAGACAUGUGGGCCUUGCCGAUACUUGGUUACCAAGAUCCUUCCUUUCUGUAACCACGAGGUGGCCAUGCGAUGCAGUGAUGAUGUUCGUACUUUUGAAUGCACCCGACCUUGUGAAAGAUAUCUCGAAUGUGGUCACCCAUGUCAUAGUCUUUGUGGUCAAGAUUGUAACGUAAAAAAAUGCGAAGAGAAAGUCAUGAAGACCCUCCAAUGUGGCCAUAAAGUAAAAAUUUCCUGCUCAACUCCGAUUGAAACUUACAAGUGCGAAGAACCUUGUGAAAGCCACUUAGAUUGUGAACACAAGUGCGCAGGAAACUGUCAUAAAUGUAAACAAGGAAGAAUCCAUUUGCCUUGUCAAUAUCCUUGUGGUCGUACUUUGAUCUGUUCACAUUCCUGCAAAGAGCCAUGCACUAGGGACUGCCCCCCCUGCCAGCAGGACUGCCAAAACCAAUGUCUCCACAGUAAAUGUCGUAAAACCUGUGGUGAAGCCUGUGCUCCAUGCCAAGAGCCGUGCAGUUGGGAGUGCAAGCAUAAGAAAUGCAAGAAGCUUUGCUCAGAGAUUUGUGAACGUAAGCCAUGCAACGUGCAUUGCAAGAAAAAGUUGCCCCUCUGUGGCCACAAAUGCGUUGGUCUCUGUGGCGAGAAGUGCCCACGACUCUGUCGUGUUUGCAAUAAAGAAGAGCUAACCGAAAUUUUCUUCGGAGAUGAAGACAACUACCGUGCACGAUUUGUCGAACUCUUGGACUGCGGACAUGUGUUUGAAGUAGAAAACCUUGACAAGUGGAUGGCUCGUGAAGAAGAUGAUGUCACCAACAUUCAACUCAAGUCCUGCCCGAAGUGUAAAACCCCGAUACGAAAAAGUUUCCGUUAUGGAAACGUAAUCAAGAAAGUCCUCCGCGACAUUGAAGAGAUAAAAAAGAAAGUACGGGAAAAUGGUGAAGACAGCAAGAAAAAGAUAACAGAGUUGAAUAGCAAAUUGAGUGAUUUACGAUCCAAGUAUCCACUCGUUACGAAAUCAAGUGAUGAUACUGCCGAAGAAAAUCUUGGCUUACGACGUAGAAAAGUAAAUCUCCGUGUGGCGGCACAAUUACCACAAAAGAACUCGCCUUAUUCCACUAUUGUGUCCAAGAUGGACUCUGCUAGCAACCAGGAACUUGAUCUUUUGAUGUUUCAAGUACAACUCUUACCUUCCAUUUACGAAAUCAAGACAAAGUUCUUGGAACGAAUGGAAGGUAACUCCAAGUUUGAUGAUCUUCGUCAGAAGUUGACAAACUUAGAAACCUUCCUGAUGGCGAUUACGAAGUUUAGCAGCCAACUUAUGUCGGAUUUAUAUGAAGAAGUUCAACGGAUUGGUCUUGCUUGCAAGUUGAGAAUGGUCCAACACGAUAUUGCCGCAUCAGGAAAGUCUGUUCCACGUGAGAUACAGUCAAACAUUGAUGAAAUCUCAGCGUUGUUUCAAUUCAAGAGUAAGAUAAAGAACGAAGUCAGAGAAAAAGCGAUCAAAGAUUUGGAUAAGAUCUGUAAAGAUCUUGGUCUGGGGGCCAUCACAGCUGAGGAGAGGGCUGCGAUUGUUAGAGCUGUUGGUUUAACCAAGGGUCAUUGGUUUAAAUGUCCUAAUGGUCAUUUCUACGCCAUUGGUGAGUGUGGCGGGGCAACGGAAAGGGGAGUAUGCCCGGAGUGUCACGAGGUUAUAGGAGGUGAACAUCACACAUUAGAAGCAAGCAACCAGUUUGCCCCGGAGAUGGAUGGUGCUUUACACCCAGCUUGGUCGAAUCAAGCAAACCUAGCGAAUUAUGAUCUCGAAGAACUCCGAUUUUUCUAAGAUACAGUACACAAGAUGAACCUCGAUGAUAUAACGAUGCUUGUUUUAACACACUUCCUGGAGCCAAAAGGAUUUUAUAUGAAGAAUAUUUACCGGUUAACAUUUUAAAGUUUUUUUAUGUUUCAGUAUUAUUUUGUCAGAAACCUUAUAUAGUUUAAAAUGCAUGAAAUGAGGACACUUGAAUCAACGUGAGCA